AACUUUGCUACGGCAAAUAAUAAGCACUGCACAGAGAGAGACACUCAGCCUGAAGGACCGUUUGAUUUUCGACAAAAAUGACUCGAGCUGUCGUUUCUCUGCUGCUCUUGUGGCUCUUGCAGGACAGUUUUGGGGACACUCAGCCACAGGAGACUGAAAGUUUGUCCAGCCUAUUUAUCCAACGAGACAUCUCUGCCGAACUGAAGAGUCUGAAAGACCUGGUUAAUCAGCAAGGAACCACAUUAGAGGAGCUGAAGACGGAAUUGGUGAAGAUGCAGCAGGAGAAUGCAGGUUUGAGGAGACAGAUGGAGAGUUUGACGAAAGAGAAUGAAGAACAAGCAGUUGAGCUCUCAGCCACGAAGAGGGAACUGGAACAACUGAAGAACGCGAGUGCAGCACAAGCGAGCGCGGUCUCGGCCAUGAAGACUGAUCUGCACACACUGAAGACCAAGAGUGCAGGGAAGGUGGCUUUCUCAGCUGCUUUAGGCCUGCCUGCAGGACUGAGAGGCCCAAUUGAUGCUGAGACUUCUCUGGUCUACAAAAAUGUCCUAACAAACAUUGGGAAUGCCUACAACCCAUCUACAGGGAUCUUUACAGCUCCAUUCAGAGGGGUCUACUAUAUUCGCUUCACAGCUGGUGUGUAUGACAACAACAAGAAAAAUAUAGGACUGAAUCUGUACAAAAACGGGCAGCAUCUGCUGCAUUUGGGUGAAAACAGCAUUGACGGCUAUGCUAAGCAUGUCUCGAGUGGAGUCACUCUGGUUUUGGCAGCGGAAGAUCAGGUGUACACCCGCCUGCCAGCAAACUACGUGGUCUGGGAUGAUUCGUACUUCCGCACUAGUUUUAGCGGCUUCCUCCUCUUCCCCAUGUGAAAGAUGGAAAGGCCAAGUGAUAAAAUUACUAGGAGGCUUGUCUUACUGUGGCUUUUACUGUUUUGAUUAACUACUGAAUCAGUUAUCAAUAUUCAGUGCUGAUUAACCAGCUGUGAAAUCAUUUAACCUGCUUUGUCAUUUUGGGUAAAGGGACUUUCACUUAUAUGAUAGAAAUGCCACAGAGAAUGUCUAAUGAGGAGAAUUGCUUCUCUGAAAUGUCCUUUGGGUUUAUCAGACACUAGAGGGCGCCCUUGAGUGAGUCCAAAUUUAAUAGAUUCCAUUUGUAUAAAUUAGUCGUUUGUAAAAGCUUAAUCAUCGUUAGACAGAAAAAAAUAAUUCUUUUUCUAAACAAAAAAAUUGCAGAAAAUAUUUUAAUGUUGUCAUUUGAACUCCAGUUUCUAAAAGUGCCUCCUGUACAUUCAUGAUGUAGGUGAGCGCAAACUGCUUCACUCAGUCAAUAAGGUGAUCAGCUCACCAACCAAUCAGCACGCAAUAGCAAUAAUGCCAACCAAUCAGCACUCACUAGCAACAAUGCUAACCAAUACGCACUCAGUUGCAGUAAUACUAACCAAUCAGCACUAAGUAGCACUAAUGCUAAUGUUCUACUGGCCAAAACCUGUUUGCUGCAAAAAAACAAAAAGUUACUGGUAAAUUUUCUUUGAUUUUUUUAAUGGAAUACAUUUAAGCUGUUUAGCUCUAUUCACCCCCAUUCAUUGAGGACUCACUUGCUGGUGCCCUCUAGUGUUUUGCUUUUAAAGUGGCUCUGAUACUACAUUACGAUUUUUACCUUUGCUUUGACUCUUGUGCAUCUUCUGAGUACUGAAAUUGCACAUACUCUGAAUAAAACUAUGCAUACCACAAA